AACAACUACCCAAGUGCCAAGAGGAGGUACUAUAAGUAAACACAAGAAAGGAUAAAGAACAUAGACAAAAAACAAAAAUGGCAUCAGAUUCUAGUGAGCCUACAGCUUCCAAAAUUGUUGCAAAGCUAAACUUGAAGCCACAUCCAGAAGGUGGCUUUUUCUCUGAAACAUUCAGAGAUAACUCAGUUAUUCUCUCCAAAUCUCAUCUUCCACCUACAUGUAAGCUAGUAACUAUUAUAUCAACUAGUAUUUUGUACAUGCAACCUUCUGGAACUGCGUCUCAUCUUCACAGGAUACCAUGCGCAGAAACAUGGCAUUUUUAUAUGGGAGAGCCAAUCACGGUGAUGGAACUAAAUGAGACUGAUGGAAAGGUGAAGUUAACUUGCAUCGGACCCAAUCCCCUUGUUGAUGAUCAACUAGUUCAGUACACAGUACCUCCAAAUGUAUGGUUUGGCGCAUUUCCCACGAAGGACUACAACAUUUCUGCUGAUUUGCAAGUAACAAAAUUGCCUGCAAGGGAUGGUGAGAAGCAUUUCUCUCUUGUUGGAUGCACCUGUGCUCCAGCAUUCCAGUUUGAAGACUUUGAACUGGCCAAACGUUCUGAUCUUGUUUCGCGUUUUCCUGCUCAUGAAUCCCUUGUCUCGUUGCUCACCUUCCCUGAGUGAACAUGCUUAUCGGGUCUUUGUUCUUUCACCACUUCCUUUGAGAGAUCUGUAAUGGUUCACGGAACCUAGUAGCUUUUGCACGGACCUUAUAUAUAUAUAUAUAUAUAUAGUAAGAAAUCUACUAAACAUCUACAAAUAAAUGACGGGAAAUACUUGCUUGUUUCCUGUUUCGUCUUAGUACUGGUGUGUAAUAUGUUCAGAGUGGCAAUAAAAGGCAAUCAGUUAAGUUA